AUGGUUUUUGCGAACAGGGGAGCGUCAUGUGACUCGCGCUGGUUUCAGUCAGGUCCUGUAAGCAGAUGUAAAGUACCUCCCAGCAGCACUUCUCUCUUAUUCGUUUUCAUCGCUCGAUUGAAACUAGGAAUCUUAAUCAUGUCUGGAAGAGGCAAAGGCGGUAAAGGACUCGGAAAAGGAGGCGCUAAGCGUCACCGUAAAGUGCUUCGCGAUAACAUCCAGGGAAUCACCAAACCCGCCAUUCGUCGUCUAGCUCGCCGCGGCGGAGUCAAGCGCAUCUCCGGUCUGAUCUACGAGGAGACCCGCGGUGUGCUGAAGGUGUUCCUGGAGAACGUGAUCCGCGACGCCGUCACCUACACCGAGCACGCCAAGAGAAAGACCGUCACCGCCAUGGACGUUGUGUACGCGCUCAAACGACAGGGACGCACCUUGUACGGCUUCGGAGGAUAAAAGACGACAACCACAAACCCAACGGCUCUUUUAAGAGCCACA